AUGGAAUCUAUUUUAUCUGCACAUGAAAUAGGCGAAGGAUUUCCCAUUUUGAUCAUUCAUGGAUGGCAGAUGGAUGGAAAAGCUGAGUCGCUAGACUUCGAGCCGAUCUUCAACAAAAAAUCCGGUCUUUGUCGUAUUUACGUGGACCUCCCAGGAAUGGGCACAACACCUGCGAAUAAUGUCAAGGAUCUAAACAAUAUCUACCAUCGCCUGGUACAAUUCAUUGAUUCUAGACUUGGGAGCUCGAGAUUCCUCCUUGUGGGCUCAUCAUGUGGUGGCUACCUCGCACGUGCUCUAGCUCAAAAAUACAUUGAGCAAGUCGAUGGUUUACUAUUGCGUGUACCGCUUAUUGAGCCAAAAGACGACAUGCGCGAUCUCGACCCUUUCAAACCUUUGGUCGCAAACGAACAGGUCAUGUCGAAGCUAUCAGCUGAGGACAGGACGCUAAUUGGGAACUUCCUCGUUCAAACUCCUGCUUAUGUUAAAGCUUUAAAGGCAAAAUUCGAGGAUGUUUACAUUCCUGCGAAGGAAAUAUCAGAUAGUCAAGUGUUAGAUCCGAUCCGGGCAGAUCCACUUCGAUAUCAGUUGUCUUUUUUGCUAUAUGAUGAAAAUUCCAAGUUUUUUGCACCUACCCUUAUUGUUUGUGGGAGACAAGACGAGAGUGUGGGCUAUCGAGAUAGCCUUCGUUUACUAGAGCUCUAUCCGCGAUCAACUUAUGUUGUUCUAGAUCGUGGUAUGCAUGGCCUUCCUAUUGAUGAGACUGGUCUUUUUGAAGCUCUUGUCCGUGAUUGGAUAUUCCGGGUUGAUGAAUGGAGAGAUUAG